CUUGUGACAAAAACAGCACCUAAAAUAAAUAGCAGUAUUAAUUUACUCCUCAGUGGAUAGGUUAUUUCUUUCAACAUGGAAUCGUUCCCCCCACAAAUAUACGACGGAAUGCAGCACAUGUCCGAGUCGGUGUUUGUGGGACUGUGUAAGAUAGUGGGGAUGUCACAACAGGUAGCUAUCCGUAGGGACACUUGGGACUUUAUGGAGAUGGUGGACAUAAGAAUGAAAAAAGGCUAUGGGAUCCCUAUGUAUAGUGGAAGUAUAAGAGAAGGAUUAAGACUAGUGGGAUCAGAUUUGGACUGUAUGUACUGGCCAAACAACCACCGAGUGAUCAUGAACAUGUCUCAGACCAAGAAUUACAACACAAGCAACACGGCCUUGAUUCUCUCUGACAGUUCCGAGAGCCCACCAGGAUUCACUCUUCUUCAAUUACUGACACCAUUUACAUACAGACAAGUCCAAUUAUCAUGUGUCAGAGUGAAUGGAAGAGUCUGUAUAUCUAGUUCUAUAUGGAGACAUAUAAUGUGUAAUGUCGGAAAUCUUGAUUCUACUGUACACGGACCCUGUGGUAGUGGUAUUUACAGAGGAUCACUAGAAUAUGAUCUUGCCCACUGUUUUGUUUCUGACAUUUGGCCUCUGUCCGCCCUAAGGAUACUUAGAUGUCAUUCAUGGCCUGAUGCUGAAGUUGUCAAUGACAUUGUCAGAAAUGGUUGUCACUUUGUAGCGAUUGGACACCCAUUAGGACCCCAUGAAAAUGAAGAAUGGAGAAUUUCUUUUUCUCGGGCAGAAUAUAAACUUGUGUCAUCAAUGAACCACUGUCAGUUUUUGACAUAUGGAUUGUUGAAAAUUUUCUUAAAAGAAGUUAUAAAUCAACAAUCAGACGACACCAAUAAAUUGUUGUGUUCCUAUCACAUGAAGACAACAAUUUUCUGGGCGAUUCAACAAAACACACUACCUCACUGGUGUUCACAAAAUCUCUUGGACGGUUUCUGGGUCUGCUUUAAACUCCUCCUUAAAUGGGUGUAUGAGGGGAUCUGUCCUAACUUUUUCAUCCCACAAAACAAUUUGUUUCUGACAAAGGUCCAUGGCUCAGCACAAAACAGGUUGUUCCUACAGUUACAUGAAUUGUACAAGAAAGGUCUGGCCUGUCUGUUACAAUGUUCCUCUAUCAGGUCCUACAUUGUUGAUGUCCUGUACAAUCCUAGACUUUUUAUUUGUACAGAUGAAAGUAUAAUGAGAUCGGAAGUUGAAAAUGAUAGAGAACUUAUCGGAGAGUCCAUAAUGGCUGUAGCUGCAUAUUUGUUUCCGGGCAAUAUUACCAAAGCAAUACACAUGAUAGAACAGUUUGUGCAUUCACCAUUGACACAAAAUCAAGUUGUUGCUUUGCAAAAAUUUGCAGUCAUUAUCUUUCAGCAAACUUCUUUUCUAUUACAAGACAUGUACACUAACACAGGUGUCAACAAACAGGUAUAUAUUGCAGACAAAAUUUCCUGCCGUAUGCUGAAAUUAGCAGCCAAGUUUGGGUUUGUUUCUGACAUGUUGUAUAUUGCCAUGUAUUAUAACAAGACACUCAGAUACAAGGAAGCUCUAUCUGCAGUAGAGAUGACAAAGGUCAAGUUAGCACAGCCAUAUAUUAUGUAUAAUGGACAUGUAGUAAGAGAGAGGUAUACUGAGGCUGUAGGGGGAAAAUCCUGGUUUAAAAAGAUGAGAGAGGCUGUAACAACUGAUAUUGUACUUAUCAACAAAAUUUGUUAUAUCACAGAGCUAAGAUCAGAACAACAGUCUGCUCUACAAAAUAGAGAGCUUGCAUUCGUUAUCCCAGUGUUUGUAAUGUUACAUUUCCUAGAGUUCUUGUGUUACAGACAAAUUGAUACAACAUUAUCACAAGCAGCUCUAGAUGAGCUACAGGUCCUACUCCACCAUGGUCGGAGACUGUAUAUACCUAGAGAAACAAGAGACAUCUCUUGGGAGAUCCUGGGGAUCUGUCAACAGAUCACAGGUAACCUCCCGGCUGCUCUUUACUCAUACCAACAGUCACUGAUUACAGAGUAUCCAGUCAACAAAAUACGAUCUGCUACACAGAUAAGAAUACAGGACAUAGUUCAGUCAACAGAUAACCAGGUCCUGCCCUUAGAUUGAUGGUUCAGUCAACACUUUUAUCUGUAAAAUUAUCUGUCUUAUGGUCUGAUUCAAAUAAUUGCCUCCAUUCGUUUUUGAUGAUUUUAAAUAAAAAUACCCAUACAUGUUUCUGUGAAAAAAAUACUUUUGAUAUAUAUGAAAAAGAAAACAUAAAGAUAACCUCAUUGACACAUUAUCAUUUUUCACUUGGAAAAAUUCACAGAAACGGAAACCGAUUUUUUUUAAGGAGAUUUAUAUUGGGAAAUGUUUACAUCUUUUCUACAUUCGAAACACGCUCGGAAUACCUCGCACAAUUUUUAAACAUCAUCAUCAUCCGAGCUAUUUCAUUGCUGAUGCAAUGUAAAAUCUCUGUAGACUUUCUAUGUGUGUUCUGUAUUGAAACCUUAUAAGGGGUAUGGGGCGUUUCAAAACAGAAACCGGACCUUUUUCAUAUUAGUUUGGACACAAAGGAAUUUCAAGUUUAUUUAAAUGCUUUAAAUAUAUUGAUUUUACAAUUUAUCGGCUUAGGAAUUAUCGCACUUUUUAAUGUGCAUUAUCAAGAAGUAGAGAGUGUUGUAUUAGGUCACGUAACGAUGGUGUCAUCAUUUGACCAAUGAAAUUAAACGCGGGAAUUCUAGUGACUCUCUUUGUUUAGAAAGACGCGCUAAAAUUCAUAUUUGUAUAUGAUAAUUACCUACUAAUCUGAUAUUAAUUUUAAUUACAUCAUAUAAAUAUCAAAUGCAUAGUUGUGCCAUAAUUUAAUUAAUUUUCAAUUUUCAAUUUUGGUAUUAUGUAAUGUUAUUUUAUACAAUUUUACAUAAUGUGUUACAGUGUUAUGUAACAAUAACUGUCACGCUGGUGGCAAAAAGUAACAUAUACCAUGUCUUGUUAGCUCACCUGAGCUGAAAGCUCAAAUGAGCUUUUCUGAUCAUAUUUGGUCUGUCGUCCGUCUAUCCGUCCAUCUGUCCGUAAACUUUUCACAUUUUCAACAUCUUCUCAAGAACUACUGGGCCAAUUUCAACCAAACUUCACACAAAUCAUUCUUAGGCAAAGGGAAUUCAAAGUUGUGAAAAUUAAGGGCCACAUCCUUUUUCAAGGGGAGAUAAUAUUUGAAAUUAAUGAACAAUUUUCAAAAAUGUUCAAAAAACUUCUUCUCAAGAACCAUUCGGCCAGAAAAGCUGAAACUUGUGUGGAAGCAUCCUCAGGUAGUGUAGAUUCAAAGUUGUGAAAAUCAUGACCCCCAGGGGUAGGGUGGGGCCACAGUGGGGGUCGACGUUUUACAUAGGAAUAUGUAGAGUAAAUCUUUAAAAAUCUUCUUCUCAGAAACUAAUCAGCCAGGAAAGCUGAAACUUGUGUGAAAGCAUCCUCAGUUAGUGUAGAUUCAAAGUUGUGAAAAUCAUGACCCCUGGGGGUAGGGUGGGGCCACAAUGGAGGGUCGAAGUUUUACAUAGGAAUAUAUAGAGUAAAUCUUUAGAAAACUUCUACUCAGAAACUAAUCAGCUAGGAAAGCUGAAACUUGUGUGGAAGCAUUCUCAGGUAGUGUAGAUUCAAAGUUGUGAAAAUCAUGAUCCCCGGGGGUAGGGUUGCGCCACAAUGGGGGGGGGGGUCAAAGUUUUACAUAAGAAUAUGUAGAUUAAAUCUUUAAAAAUCUUCUUCUCAGAAACUAAUUAGCCAGAUGAUUCUUUAUAAUUGUUAAAACUUUGGCCCGAGGACAAUUCUUCGGCCUCACUAGAAGGUUCAGAGUUUGAUGUAGGUUUUUAUCCCAUAUAUAAACAAUUGUUAAGGAUCAUUUUGAAACUGCAAUACUCAGCAUGUAAUAUGACUAUAAAAUCAUCCUGUUAGAAAAGGGACUAAUGAUUAUAAAGAUAAGAAUAUUGAGGGGGAAAAUGGAAUUUAUUUAUACAGGAUAUACAUGUAUUAUUGUACAUUGUCCAGAUAGUUUGUAUUAUGACUCCAUUAAGCUGAUUUUAUCAUACCUAUUGUUCCUCAGGUGAGCGAUGUGGCCCAUGGGCCUCUUGUUUUGUUAUAUAUGAUGUAUCGAAAGAAGAAAAUGAUUGUCAUACGUCAAGUAAACUACACAAGUUAUAGCCCCUUCGUGCGGAAAUCAAUUAUGGAUAAAGGUAUUUAUGACAAUCGAAAUGUCAAGCAAAAAGUGGUGGAAGCAGAAACUCGGGACAGAUUAUAAAAAGCCAUCGACAAUUACAACAUAUACCGAUCUAUGUUUAGAUUUCUACAAGCACAGAGUUAUAUCUCACAUUUAUCCACAGUCCCUAAUUUACAAUUAUAUGUACCUGUAUUUACAUUGGAGUGCAGUACCUAAGAUAUGACUUUUGUUUAUGUGUGCUUAUGUGUAGUUAUCUUAAAAUCAUUCAGGACUUUCUUUUUUUUUGGUAAUAUUUGAAAUGAAACAGUAUGUACUCUCCUAAAGUUAUUUAGUUAUUUUUUUGUUUCAGAAUGGAUUAAGGGAAAAAGCAUAUUCAAUAAGUUGAGUUCAAUAUAGAUCAAUUUGUUUCAAUAAACUUGACUAAUAUUUGAUAACAGAGAGAGAAUGUGCUAUGUUUUGAUGUUGCGUUUCUUUUGAUGUACAAUGUACCAAUUUGAUUAAAAUGCUUUGCUUAGAUCACAAAUUCAAUGUAUUUCCUUUUAUCGCUGAAAACAAUUUGUACAUGAAAAAAUAAAUACUUUUAAAAAAUAUGAUGAUUAAAUUCUCAUAUA